AUGCCUCAAAAGACAAUACUUCCAGGACAGGUGGAGCUUCUCUUUGUCAAAUCGAAAGUAUACCUUCAUCCUUCACCUUCAAAGAAAGAUAAUAUCCCUGGAUUUUUAGCCUUAUCACGACCCCUGAAAGCAACCAAUUUGGAGAUCAUUUUAUCUUUCACACCCGAAUCACAAUUAUCAAUUGAGGAACUAAAAAUAUAUCAACAAGUAGAUGUUGAAGAUAUCCAGUUAAAUUUAGAUUCCUUGAAUUACAAACAUGGUAAAGCACUGAGUUCCAGAAUUGUAUCGAAGCCAAGCCAGUCGUUACUUCUGGGAUAUUCCUUCAAUACACCGCUUCUUUAUGUUUAUUCUAUUCAGUUCAGAAAACCUUCACACGGAUUUUGGCAUGGAUCGAUAAUUAUCAAUACACAAGAUGGUGAAAAACUCCCAAUAUUAUUUUUCCACGAUAAUGAAAGUGCCCUGACUUUGAAAAAUCAGAAAUUACAAAAUCAAAGAUUUGACCCAUUUGGGAACGAUGGAGAUUUAUAUUGGGGAGGUACAGAUUUCUUAAAUGCAUUGGAAGCUUUGAUCAAUGUACAAAGAUCUACAAUUGAACCUUCAGUGUAUUUGAUCAAUCCUGAAUCCAAUGAUUUGCGCAAUUUUGCCCCCUUCAAACUGAAAGCAGAACCACCGAAACCAGAAACAGAACCAUUUAAGUUACCUGAUGUGGGAAAGUUUUUUGCUAACGCCAAAUGGAAAGUCUUGGAGACCGUGGCUACAUUUUCAGCUAAGACAAAGAAUCAAGUGUUGGACUUGAUUGACGACAAUGCACCGGCACCCGUUAAGGAAAUAAUCAAGAAGCCCGAGGUUGCUAAAAUUGGUGAUGAUUUUGAUUCAGCUAGAAUUUAUUUAGCUAAAUGGGCCCAACAAGUUAAAGAAGAAGCCGAGAAAAGCCAAAGCAAGUAUAUGUUGGAUGAUCAACUUUAUGCUAGAAUCAACAAAGAACUAGGAUCCAAUGAGAUGUUAACUCCAGAAGAGAUUAGCAAAACUUCAAGAAGAGGAAUUAUCUCACCACAGGAAUGGAAAAGCUUUUUUGAUAUUAGUGGUAGAUUGAUGAUCACUUCUGACGAGGUUAAGAAUAGAAUUUUCCAUGGUGGAUUACAUGAAGAUGUUCGUGCUGAAGCGUGGUUGUUUUUAUUGAAUGUGUAUCCUUGGGAUUCUAGUGAAGAAGAAAGAGAAGCUUUAAGAGAUUCAUACUCCACUAGAUAUGACGAGUUAACUAUGAAAUGGGCCGCAGUUGAUGAAAGAGAAGACAUGGAUUUCUUUAAAGACCAAAAAUUUAGAAUUGAGAAAGAUAUUCAUCGUACUGAUAGAAAUUUGGACAUCUUCAAAAACCAAGUAAAGAAACCACCAGCUGCUGCUCAGAGUGAUCAAGCAGGAACUGAGCGUGAAUCUUCUCCAGAGACUCCUGACGAAGAUAGUCCAGAAGACGACGGUUUCCUUUUUACUAACAUUCAUUUACAAAGAAUGAGAAAUAUUUUGCUUACAUACAAUGAAUAUAAUGUGAAUUUGGGAUAUGUCCAAGGAAUGAGUGAUUUGUUGUCACCAUUAUAUGUUGUUGUUAGAGAUGAACCAUUGGUUUUUUUUGCGUUUGCUAACUUCAUGGAAAGAAUGGAAAGAAAUUUUGUCAGAGACCAAUCUGGUAUGAAGAAGCAAAUGAGUACGUUAAACAAGUUAUUGCAAUUUAUGUUGCCAAAUUUGUACAAGCACUUGGAAAAAUGUCAAUCCAAUGAUUUGUUUUUCUUUUUUAGAAUGUUAUUGGUGUGGUUCAAGAGAGAGUUUGAAUGGGCAGAUGUAUUAUUGUUAUGGGAAGUUUUAUGGACUGAUUAUUAUUCAUCACAGUUUGUUUUAUUCAUCUGUUUGAGUGUAUUGUCUGAUAACGAGAGAAUCAUUAUCCAGAAUUUAAGACAAUUUGAUGAAGUGCUUAAAUAUUUCAAUGACUUGUCUGGUAAAUUACAUUUGAAUCCACUUUUAAUCAGAUCGGAAGUUUUAUUCCUCAAAUUUAAAAGAACAAUUACCAUUUUAGAUAGGGAUGACAGUUUACAAGCUUUAUCAAGCGAACCAUACUCCACUUCUUCCACAAAUACCACUGCCAGUAACUCUCACGAGGAGUUGGGUGAUUUACGAGAACUUUUGCGAAAAGAUAUCAUAAUCCAAAAAGAGGUUGAAAGACCGGAAGGUGUUGGUGGAGGCUAA